AUGGUGCAUCUGUCAGUUGUCACCAGCAGUCCGCCCAAUCUUAAUAUUGGCUCGGUCAGGAACCGAACGGUUCCCUGUCAGAAUGCGCAGAACCUUGCAUGGCAGUGUAUUUGCACCCUCGCCCCUUCGUCUCGUUAUUACCCAGCUACUCAGUACCCAGGUGGAUACCUAGGUAUGGACAAGGGCAAAUCAGAACGUCAACGACUGUCGAUCAUAGCACCCCUACGAAGGACUCCACUAUUCUCGGCAGUGCACACUGGGUGUGAUGUCGCGAGAUUGAGAAACUCUUGGAAUGGAGGUGUGGAAGAGGAAUAG